AUGGGCUUCCUCCUCAUUUUCAUUUUCCCUCGCUGCUAUGUAAAUCAUGGCUCUAAGCUCGCAAAGGAACGACACUUCUCGUUUCCAGAAGCGAGAGCUGAGUUCAUAUCCCUCCAGGAACGCGAUAGAAGGGCUGCACCAUCCCAGUCCCGCUGCUGGAAGGGAGGCACUUCUCCCUCCUUUCCCACUUUCCGUAAAACACCGCUUACUAUAAAAGGGCAGCUGGAGCCGCGCCGCUCCUUCUGUGCCUCGGGCUCCAUUUUUAAUACCUUCUUUCAGCCCUCACCUUCCCCAUCACGAAUAAGCGCCGCGCUUUUCCGCCCUCGACAGUUCGGUCGUCCGGAGGGGACACCUCGGAACGCGGACGGGACGGCUGCGGGCUCCCAAAAAGCGGCAGCCGGACUCAGUCUGAGCCGCGUUCGUCCCGCACGGCGCUGCUCUCCGGCGCUGAGCAGAACGCGGGGGCUGCCGCGGGGCCGGGGGGGGCAGCGCUGCCCGCAGCCGCGCUCCCGACCCGGGGCCGGCCUGAGCGGCGGGGCGGAAGGGAAGCGCUUCGAGCUCGAAACGAAAGCUUUAGGAACUCGCGGCCGAGGCCUUCACGGCCACCGGGGAAAACCGCGUGCGACUACCGGGACCUGCGAGGCGGCGUUUCUGUUAAGAGCCGGGAGCGAAGCUCUAAAAUACACGGAAAAGAAUCGAAGUAUUGGGCACGGCCGCGGGGACGGUGCGGGGACAGCCUUUUUCAAGCGCGAGAGAAGGGACGGCCGUAGACGUAGCCUCGUAGCUACGAGCGAGGCGAUCAAAAAGCAAAACGGACGCGGGGGAAACGAGCAGCGAGAGGGCCACGUCUGUGCCAACCCGAGAGGGCCCUUUGCUGACCGCGCCCGGAGCGCCGCGGCGCAGCGGAGGGCUCAGCCCACGGCUCAGCCCACGGCCCUGCGCGGCGCCGUCCCGCUGCCCCGAGCCGCAGCCGAGGCACGGAUAGGCACGGAUAGGCACGGAUAGGCUUCUCCCCCUGCGAGCCUCGCCGCCGGGACGCUUAGCGAGGGGGAGACGCGUACGGAACGCACCGAGAAUUGAGCCGAGGGGCGAAACGCUCUCUCGCUGGCGCGGAGGAAACGGAGCGGAGCUACAAGCUAGCAGGACAAAGGAGACACUAUUGACUCAUUCCAGACUGCCGACUUAGCAGCUCGACUUUGUUUCCUUUUAACUUCGGUAACAGGAGGAGCUCAGAGCUCCCCGCUCGAUUUUCUGCGCAAAUAGAAACACCUGGACUUCAAAACAGCAACGCUCUUUGAAGCCACCCCGAGCCAUUAACACAUUAAAAACUCCGUGCGCUGCCGAGCCGGGCCGGGCUGCCGCCCAAAUCCCGCCCUGAGCCGCUGCCGGUCGGGGGUGGGGGGGGGGGGGGACGGGGGACAAUUUUGCACCGCCGCUUAAAGUCGCAACAGGUUUCGAAAGUGUAAAACCCACUUUUUUUUGAUCUUUGCUCCGGCUUUGCAGCGGAUUCCGGGAAACAGACCAGCAAUGGUUAGAAUCAUACAAUCACUGAGGUUGGAAAAGACCUCUAAGAUCAUCAAGUCCAACCAUCACCGCCGCGCCCACUCAAAGAAUCAUAAAGAUUGGAAAAGACUUCCAAGACCAUCAAUUUCAACCCAUCGCCACCACGUGCACUUAGAUCAUAAAGAAUCGUGGAUUUACAUAGAGCCCCUCCUACACCUGAAUAUAUCUUAA